AUGUUUGAUUAUCAGCUUCGAAAUCUUGGAUUCCUAACUUACUUACUUUCUGUCGCUACCAAGGUUGAUUCCAUUAAGCGUCGCACACUGAAAUCAGUCAUUGCGAAUACAAGGGGAAAAGAAAUGACACCCCGCUGCUUCAUUGUCCGUCACGGCGAGACAGAAUGGUCCCUAAACGGGCGGCACACCGGCUCCACCGACUUGCCGUUGACAGCAAACGGCGAGAAACGGAUUAAGGCGACGGGCAAAGCGUUGGUCGGCAAUGACCGGCUGAUCGUUCCAAAGAAGCUGGCACAUGUUUACGUAUCUCCCCGCACCCGCGCCCAACGUACCCUCGAGCUCCUCGAAAUCGGCUGCAAAGAGAGACUCCCAUGGACCGAGGCCAGAAAAUCAGAAGAGGAGGAACCCAUACGCACGGAAGCCAAGGUGGAAAUCACCGACGCGAUCAGGGAAUGGGACUAUGGCGAUUAUGAAGGAUUGACGAGUAAGCAGAUCAGAGAGCUGCGGGAGAAGAAUGGCCAGGGGCCGUGGGAUAUCUGGAGGGACGGAUGUCCAGGCGGAGAGACUUGCACAGCGCAGCUGAUGAAAGUGAACCCGGACAGAUCCCCGGAAGACGUCAUUCGUCGACUUGAUGCUUUAAUCGCCGAGAUUAGGGAAAAAUUCCACAAUAAAUACUUUGAGGGCUCGUCUGGCGGCAAAGGAGAUGUUCUGAUCGUCGCCCACGGCCAUAUUCUGCGCGCGUUUGCCAUGCGCUGGACCGGAAAGCCACUCUCCGAGACGACAUUGAUCUUGGAAGCUGGCGGAGUCGGCACCUUGAGUUACGAACACGACAACAUCCACGAACCGGCAAUCAUUCUCGGUACGGCCGGUUUCGUCGUAGAAGAGUAG